CCGGGCGGCGCAGUGCGCAUCGCUGAGGGAAGGGCCGUUCGGAGCCGGUCCCGGAGCUUCUAGCCGCUUGCACAGCAGGGACGGGCGAAUUGCGCCGCCUUCCCGUAGCAGGGGGAGGGGGCUGGGGCAGCAUGCUGGGGCAAGGGGCCGAUUCCCGCUGUGCCCAGCCUCCAGGAGUUAUGAAACCUCGCCGCGUGACCCGCCCACAGGCAGCUGGCAGGCUCCGACACACGGAGGAUGCUGAAGCCCAACAAACAAGCUCUCGCCUCCGGGCUGGAGCUGCCCAAGUGGACAGCGGUACCAAGCCAGGCUUCAGAUUAUGAAGUCCGGCAGUAUGAACCAGCUAAAUGGGUUGCCACUUCUGUUAAAUCAAUGGACUAUGAUUCAGCUGUCAGCACUGGCUUCAUGAAGCUCUUUAACUAUAUUCAGGGCAAGAAUGAGAAAGGGAUGAAGAUAGAGAUGACAGCUCCAGUAACAUGCCAUGUGGAACCUGGUGCAGGCCCAUUCUGCGAGUCCACUAUUACAGUCUCUUUUUAUAUACCAUCUGAUCAUCAAGCUGAUCCACCUAAGCCAUCAGAGUCAGAUAUUUUAAUUGAAAACAGACCAGAAAUGAUUGUGUUUGUCAGGUCCUUUGGAGGAUAUUCCAGUGCCACAAAGAACCAAGAAGAACUACUGACACUAGCAGAAAGUUUGAAGCGGGAUGGGAAAGUGUUUGAUGAAAAGGUCUAUUAUACUGCUGGCUAUGACAGCCCUUUUAAAUUGCUUAAUAGACACAAUGAGGUGUGGCUUAUCAAGAGAAAUGGAAACCCCAGCAAUCAAAAAUAGGAAACAAAAUGCUUUGAGAGACAGAAGUUGUUUAUUCAGACACUUUUUUUUUGCCUGGGAAUUGUAAGUACUUUUUUUUAACAUCUAGACAGAUUAUAAUCUGUCAGAUUUCAAAUGUGCCUCUUCUAGAAUGACACUACAGUUUUCCCCAUUCUGGUUACACUUUCAGUUAGAGUAGAAAGCCAUGAAAUUUUCCGUUUUCCUUCCACUUCACACCAUGUUCCCUAUUUCCCUCCCCUUAAAAUCCAUCUAGCACACACUUAGAGAGGUUGCUACAGUAUAACACAAGGAACUCUUCCUAUGUUUUCUGUGGCCACACUCUUUACUGCAAAUCCGAUCUCUCACCACAGAGCAGGGCUCCACAAUAAGCUUUUAUUAAAAAAAAAAAAAAAAAGUCUGUAUCUGCAGUGGUUGUGUAGAAAACAAGAACUUAGUGUCUUUGCAACCAGCAGAAAAACAACAACUGAGGUUUGAAUGGCCUCAGUCAUCUCAGUGGGCUGUUACCUCAAAGAUGACAGUUUAAAUAUCAGGUUUCAGAGUAGCAGCCAUGUUAGUCUGUAUCCGCAAAAAGAACAGGAGUACUUGUGGCAUAAAUAUUUAUUCCACUCUAUAUGCAUCCGAAGAAGUGGGCUGUAGUCCACGAAAGCUUAUGCUCUAAUAAAUUUUAGUCUCUAAGGUGCCACAAGUACUCCUGUUAGUUUAAAUAUCAAUAUUAACUAUUUCAGUGCUAACAGAACUUUAGCACUAUCAUAGAAUCAUAGGACUGGAAGGGACCUCGAGAGGUCAUCUAGUCCAGUCCCCUGCACUCAAGGCAGGACUAAGUAUUAUCUAGUAGGCUAUUGCCUGGAGCAGCUGAGUUUGAACUUUGAUAGCAUAUAGUGUGCCAGCACUGGACUGACAGUCCAUUUUUAUAAACCUUAAUAUGUUGUUUAUGAUAGUUGCUGUAUUGGUAGCAGCAAGGACAGCAAGUCAUCUCGUCCCAGUGCAGGGCAAACUACUCUGUACUACCCUGCCAAUGCCUGACUAAUCCCCCUGUCUAUUUAAUCCUGGGCCUCUAUGCCAAGUCUGCCAGUAAGGAUGCCUGGUAUUGAGAAUUAUUAUGUUGGCACCUGUGAAUCGUGGACGUUUCUACACUGCAAGUUCAGCCAAGACCACUUACGCAUUUCUUGUUGGCCACUGAACAGCCAUCAUAUGGUAACAGCUUUACACUUGCUAGAGUAUAGAUAGUGAUACAACAUACCCACACCUUGAUAGUAAUAGUUUGGUUAUUUUUAGCCUCAAAGCCUCCAAUAUUUGCCUUUUGAAAUACAUUGUUUGUUUUAUGGUACUAGUCCAGGCACUUGUAUAUCCAGUGUUAGUAUAUUCAAGUAAUAUCAAUUGUUACCUUUGCUUUUUACACUAGGACUGAUAUAUACUUUCAUGGUAACUACUGAUGCAUUUAAAAGCUUUUAUCCUUUGACUAUAUUAUCAGUCCAAAUUAGCAAAAGUACGCAAGGCAAUUCACCAUCCUUAAGUCAGCACAUUGUUGCAAUCUCCUGUUUUAGGAGAUUCUAAAUUGACAUAAAAAGUAGCUGCAUGGAACUAGAAGCUCCCUCUAACCCCAGAAUCUUCAUGCUCUCACAUUUUAAAAAACCAAUCACUGUUCCAGAAGUUAAUUUCACUUACAGUAAAAUAAGAUAUAUUUGUUUAAAACCAUGCUUGUACAGGGUCCUUUCCAAGCAUAUUAGAAGCCUUAAGUUCUGUCUUGAGGAGUUUACAAUCUAUAUUAGACUGACAAUGAAGAGACCAUGGCAGAAAAGGGGAUUGGUCAGGAGACAACAGAAAAUAAUAGCAAGGGAUUGCUGCAGCUCCAUUAUUUUUUUGCAGCGAGAAGAUCAGAUAAGCCUAUUUUGUUUCACUUCUUGUUUGCGAUAAGUUUUUUUUUUCCAAUUUAAAUUUGAGUUUCCUGAGCUUUUUAAUGUUCCUAAAAUUAUUAUUGCCACAGACAAAAAUUAAUCUGAGGUAUAACUUUUAGAUCUAAUUUGUAAGUACAUACUUUUUAAACCUAUAUCUUUUGCUGGAUUUAUUUUCCUAUCUUGGUUCUACAGUAGUUAGGAUUUCUGCUGUCUAAUACAGUUCUAAAGUCUGGUUCAAUAGGGUAUUACAUUAGAGAGGAACGGAACUAUAUGGUGGGAUAUUAUCUAUAUAGAUUGGAAUUUGCUGGUAAAGGCCCUUAUCUCCCACUGAAACUAAUGGAAUUUUGCCAUUGAUUUCACUGGAGAUUGGCCCCAAAAGGUUGUUUAAAAAAAAAGUAAUUGGAAUGUUUAUCAACAAAGUGCCUAAGUAAUUUGUGAGAAUGAAAUGUACUUAUUGCAUAAUGGAGUGCUAGAAAAUGUACUCUCCUUCAGAGCAAUAAAUUACCUGACACUUUGACCUUUACCAUCAUCUUUGUUCAGCAUAUAUUAAUUCAGGUUCUUAACGUAAAGGGUAUGUCUACACUGAAAUUCGAUACCUGUGGCUUGCCCAUGUCAACUGACUCAGGCUCGUGGGUCUUGAACUCUCCGAGCUGACUUGGGGCUGUUUAAUAGUGAGGUAGGUGUUUGGGCUUGGGCUGCAGUCCGAGGUCUGGGACCCUCCCACCUCUGAGGGUUGUAGGGCGCAGGCUGCAGUCCAAGCCCGAACAUCUGCACUGCAAUUAAUCAGCCCCUUGCCCCAAGUCAGCUGGCACAGUUCCCAGAAUGGCCACUAUCAUGUUCCACACCCGGUAUCCUUUUUUAAGGUCCAAUAUGAUCUAGUGUUAAUAGUGCUCUUAAAAUGAUGGAACUAAGAGACUUAUCCUGUUUGUCUCAGAAGAAUUUGCUGUAUUGACAAUGAAAGAACACUGUUAAUUUUGGAUCAAAGUUAAGGUUGUAUGACGAUGAAACAGGCGCUUCAUAAACAAAUAAGUUUUAUAAAGUAUAACGUGGGCAGACAGACAUAAAAUGCUUCAACUAUUCAAGUCUUUUGUAAGUGCUUCAGUUAUGUAAAAGGACAGAAUAGUUAAGUACAUUGCUACACAGCAAUCUUAAUUGGGUUUUAGUUAAAGUUUUGUGUUGUGUUUUAAUAAUCUUAUGUAAUUAGAUAGUUUUAAAAUUUGUAAAUAGAUGGGAUGAGGCACUAACUUAUGUUAAAGAAGUAAGUGGCGGUCCUGCAAAAGAUGGCUCUGCAGAAGCUUGCGUUAUCCAAAGCAUACCAGAGAAGACAUGCAUGUUCACUACACAGUUAUGUUACGCAUGGACAGAAUAGCCUAUCUUCACUCAAAACAGUGUUGAGGAGUACAGUCGCCACCACCAGGAUACCCCUUAUGUUGGUUGUGUGUGAGGGGCCAUUGAUGUCUGCUCAAUCCAUAUUUUUUCAGGUGGAAAAUCGGUGGAACAUGGAGGGAUUAACUUUUGCCCACUACUGUUGUCCUGAUGACAUCAUAAAUGGCUACUCCAUAUAUUUUAGAGGUUUGGGAAGUGGUCCUCUAUCUAUAAAUCCAUGUGGGUUGAUGGUUAAAGGAAUUUGGAAAACUUACAAGGGUAAAACCUUAUCUAAACAGGAAAAGUUGCACAGGUUUAAUAAAUUGAUUUUAAAUCA